GGUCACACUACCAUCCACCAAUACCAAUUAAAAACUACAAAAUUGUUUGUAACAAAUAUAGAACGAAAUAUACGUAACGAAGUGCAGAAAACAAUGAACUAAUGUAAAGCAAUAGUGCAAGUACUCCAGUUAGCGUGUUCCCCGCGUGGAACUACAUUUUUUUUUCGUUUCCCUCAUUUUGUGUAAUGGUAAUGUGCGCUUGUGCUUGUGUGUGAGAGCGAAUCGAGUAAAAAAAAAAUUACUGUGGAACUUUAGCAGUAGCUACAUCUUUUCGAAAUAUAUGUGUACGUAUACAAGUCAUCCCAGUUGUCGGUGCGAAUGUUCGUGUAAAACUCGCGUGUUUUCGUACAUAGCUUGGUGCGUGAAAUAUUCGCAAAAGUCUGACGACUGAGAAAACAGCAGCACAGGCAAGGCACGGCGAAUCUGGAUUAGGCUGCGGACCAGGACUUAAAGAAGCAGCAGCCUCGACAUAUUACGCCCCACAUUGGGGAUUGGCAGUAGCUGUACCAGCAGCAGCCUCAGCGUAAAAAGCAGCAGCAGGAGCCAAAGCGCAGCGUACGCAUCGUCAGAAAAAGCAGCACGGGAAGCGUGAAGUAGUGCAGGAUGGAGCGACGCGGACGCAUACCGGUGGCCAAGUUCCGCACCCAGGAGGCGAAGACACGCAGCAGAAGUCGCGUUCGGGAGCCGGACUACAAUGAACAGGACCCCGAGCAUGAUAUGUUCACGCUGCUGGAGGAUAACAUUGCCCUGAAGGAGGAGAAUAAGGCGCUGAAGCUGGAGAUUGAAACGCAUAAAACCACACAGGAGGAGCAGCAGAGCCAGCACGAGAAGCUGUGCAUCCAGAUGGAGGCACUGCAGCAGCAACAGGCCAACUUCGAGACGCAAAUCAAGGAGCUGGGCGGCAAAUUCAGCAAGGCCCUUAACGAGCGCAAUGCCCUGGACAAGCUGCACAAAAUGAAGGUCGAUCAAAUACAAAAUCUAACCAGCGAGUUGGAGCACAUGCGUGAGAGACAGCAAGAGCAGGAGCCCAGUCAGGGCCCCCAGUUGGUGCUGGGCUCGGCAGAGCUCAAGCGAAAGUUGUUCAAGAUACUGCAGCAGGGCAGCACCGACAGCGGCGACAGCAUCGGACAUCAUGAUUUUGACAGCCUGGUGGAUGUGAAUGCUGAUGGUGUGCCCAUUACCAGCGGCCUUGUGGAGCGUCUGGCGGAUGAGUUCCUGUCGCUCAAGAAUGCCACAAAUGCCGUGGAGCUGCAGCUGUACGAGGCCAAUGAGAAGAUGGCCGAACUCUUGGAGCAUCAACACUCCCUGGAGGAGGAGAACGAAACGCUGCGCUCGGAGAACACCAAUCUGACAAAGGUGGCCAAGCUGCUCACGGAGAACAUGAAGGAGAGUGUGGAGACCAGUCAGAAAAUGGAGAGUGCUUUGAUCAAGCUGAAGCAGCGCAACGAUGAGCUCACUGCCAAGACACGCGAUCUGACCGAUGGACAGCCGGGAGCGAGGGCCAGCCUCAAGGAGGAGCAGGCCGAAUUCGAGCAGAUCCAGGAUCAGGUGCAGCAACAGGCGCGCGAACAUAACGAGCGCAUUGUGGAAAUGCAAAGUCUAGUGGAUGCGGCUAUAGCAAAAACUACUAACGAUGAACUAAAAAAAUUACAACUUAAGUUGGAGAUACUCGAGGAGCAGCUGCGCGAGGCACUCACGCGUGCCGACCUCGCCGAAGAGCAGCUGGCAAACUAUCACAAGUCGGAGGCGAAGACAGCGGCAGUGGCUGCAGCGCCGCCACCACCUCCUCCGCCCAUACCACCGCCUUUGCCGGGUAAACUGUUGUUCGCGGCACCGACGAAGGUCGGACUGGGACUGGGUGGAGAUGCAGGUGGUGGUGAUGCGGGCAGCUUCAGCGAUCACAUUCUUGGCCACAAUCUGCGCAGGGGCAGCGAUAAGAUAAUAGAUAACGUCAAGCAUCAGGUACAGGCCGAAGCAGCAACAGGUCUUGACGCUUUAGUGCGGGAGUUCAAGUCGGGAGGCGUUACACUACGUCGACGCAAUCGCCGCAGGACUGGCACCAGCGAGGCCCUGAAGGAGAUGUUCCAAGUGCUGGAGAUAAGUCAGAAGCAGAAUCGCAACUCGAAGAUAUGCGUGGACCUGAAUUUAAACAUUUGAUAAGCUCACAAAGGAGCUUCAAGCUCUCUAACUCGCUGCUGUCUUUGGUCUCAAAUCUCUCCUCUCAGGACUCUGCUGUCUGUCGCUGAACAACAACGAACAUUCCAUGCAUUUCCAAAGUUCUAACCCUCCCUCCUAACCUCGUCUAAAACUGUAUUAUUUUAUUAUUGUGUGCCUUUUCAGAAUGAAAUCAAAAAGCCAUUUUACCCUCUAGUAAGCUUAAGACUUUUCCUUUUCAGGAUCUAUUUAAUCCCCGGUAUCUAUACCGCAAAUUAUUUAUAUAUUGUUAUUGGCAUUUUGACAUCAACUUUAUCCGCCCUACGAUAAUGUGUUCAUUUUAACAGGUUUCGCGCUUUUUUACUAAUCUUAACAACCCCAACGAUUUAUAUGUUUUGAAUAAACUUUUACUUUUUAACAAAU